CCCCUUUGAUGGGAGGUGGUACCGUCUAGAGCGGGAGCGAGUGUUGGUGCCGAGCGCAGUGCGUCCCUCCCCCCUCCUUUCUCUCUCACACACAUUGGUCGGGAGCGAGAUUUACCUCACACAGCAGCGGCCAUCGCGCUCCCCUCUCUCCCGCUCUAGGUCGUCGCUUUUUCUCUCGCACAGCAGCCGAAAGAAGGAGAGGGGAAUCCCGCCGUCCCCCCACCCUCCCUUCCCAGGAGCGGUCCCUGCGCCGCCUUAGCUGAGGAGCUUCCUCUCUCCUCCUCCCCACAGCCAGCCAGGCCGGAGCCUGCACCCCCUCCCUCCUCACCCUUCUCCGCUCUCCUCGCCUCUUAUCUCUUCACAACAUGUCGGCGCCGGCGGCCAAACUUAGUAAAAAGGAGGUGAACUCCAACCACGAUGGAGCGGACGAGACCUCAGAAAAAGAGCAACAGGAAGCAAUUGAGCAUAUUGACGAAGUACAAAAUGAAAUAGACAGACUGAAUGAACAAGCCAGCGAGGAAAUUUUGAAAGUAGAACAAAAAUACAACAAACUCCGCCAGCCAUUCUUUCAGAAGAGGUCAGAAUUGAUCGCCAAAAUCCCAAAUUUUUGGGUCACGACAUUUGUCAACCACCCACAAGUCUCUGCGCUCUUGGGUGAAGAAGAUGAAGAAGCCCUUCACUAUCUGACCAGGGUGGAAGUGACAGAAUUUGAAGACAUAAAAUCAGGAUACAGAAUAGAUUUUAAUUUUGACGAAAAUCCUUACUUCGAAAACAAAGUCCUCUCUAAAGAGUUUCACUUAAAUGAAAGUGGAGACCCAUCCUCAAAGUCGACAGAGAUUAAAUGGAAAGCUGGAAAGGAUCUGACAAAACGUUCCAGCCAAACACAGAACAAAGCCAGCAGAAAGAGGCAACACGAAGAACCAGAAAGCUUCUUUACCUGGUUCACAGAUCAUUCGGAUGCCGGGGCAGAUGAGUUAGGAGAGGUCAUAAAGGAUGACAUCUGGCCAAAUCCAUUACAGUACUACCUUGUUCCAGAUAUGGAGGAUGAAGAAGGUGAAGGCGAGGAAGAAGACGAUGAUGAUGAAGAGGAAGAAGGUUUAGAAGACAUUGAUGAGGAAGGGGAUGAAGAUGAGGUUGAAGGAGAAGAGGAUGAUGAUGAAGACGAAGAGGGAGAAGAGGCAGAGGUAUGAAGAUGAAGGUGAAGACGAUUAAGAUUGCAAUGUUUCGAUUCCACCCUUUCCAUUAUUUUUUUUUUUUAUACAGUCCCUGGGAGCAAGAUGCUGUUAUUUUUUUGUUUUCAUUUUUCCCUUUGCCCCUUUUUUGUUUAUCAUACUCCCCUUUCUCUUAAUUUUAUUUUUGUGUGUGCUCGGUCGCCUUGUUCUUGGUCCUUCUUCCCCCUCUCUUUAUACCAUGGUUCAUAACUUUAUUUUUGGGGAGAGGUGAGAACUGAGUAAAAAUAGUGAAAAUCUCUAAACCUGUUUCUGUUCCCAAGUCAUUCUUCUCAAGCCAAUAAACGAUAUGUACAUUGUACCAUCAUAUGGUGUAUGGGGCCCAAAUGCCCCUCUGCUGCCACUGCUGGUGGAGGCCGAGGGGCGUACAGGACCUUGUGAUAGCAGUGCAUAGCAGCGGUCUAGCUUUUUCGUUUGUUUUUUUUUUUUUUUCCUCCCUCCUCCUGUGUAUAUCAGGCUCAGAGGUUACACUGUUUCCAUGUGAUUAUGGACAGAUAGCAUUUACCAACAUGUAUCAGUCUAUUAUUUUUUUUUUUUCUUGUUUAAAAAAUAAUGAAAAAGUAAAAAAAAAAAAAAGCAAAACUGGGGGAGGGUUAGACAGUGGGGGGUUUUCAGAGACAGCAGGGAUGGGUGGGAGGGCUAGGUUGGGCAUUUUGGAAACAUGGCUUUUUCUCUUUGGCAUGUUUGUGAUGUUUUUGAAGACAUCCAUGCAGUUUAAGACACUUUUAAAACGAGCAAAAAUAAAUCUGAUGGCUCUCGGCUCUGACACCCUUCAGGGCCUCCCUUUAAAGGACCCUGCAGGAGAAUAUUAGAAACGGACAUUAACAAACUUUUUUUUUUUUUCUUCUCUUCUCUGGAACAAGACAAAUGCUCAGUUUUAAACGUUAAAGUGUACAAGUUGCUUUGUUACAAUAAAACUAAAUGUGUACACAAAGGGACUACUGGUUUUCACUUGGAUGCCGCCUUCUUCCCUGCCUGUUCUCUCACCCUCGUUUGUUGUCACUUUUGUGUUAAAUUUUUUUCCUCCCCCUCCUCCAGACUGAUAUUUAAUGUUUUUUGAUACAGGGCAUUUUGUAGUAACCUCCAAACUAACCAGCCAAGCAAAGCCAGAGGCACAUGGCGCUGGUUGUCAUCAGCGUACAGUCAGCACCUCUAGACUCUGUCUAGGAUGGAGUUUUUGUGGUAAAACAUUUUUGUAAUUUGCUUGGCAAAGGUGUGUGUAGGCACUUAAUCUGAUUCCUAGUCUGUUAUAAAUCUACAUAUUGCUGUCAGAUUUAUGCCUGUCAAUCAACACUACAAAUAAAGUAAUUGGUGUGAUC